AUGGAAACUAUAAUUCAAACUAUUCACGACAUAGGAAAUUUACUUGGGCAGAAAAUGUAUGCUGAUGCCUUCUCAAUGACCACUGGUCUUUUGAGUGACACUAUUUAUACAUAUCUGCUUAUACCACUACUACUUGGAAUUGGACUUUUCUACACUUUUAAAAUCAAGGGUGGUCAAAUUAGUUGUAUU